AUGCUCUACCGAGUGAAGAUCGGCGAGGAAGGAUGUCAGUACCAGAACAGGUGGCUGGAUACUUGGAACCACCGCAUGCAUCGGGAGGCCGGCCGCAUUGCAGUGCGGGAGACUUGCUCCAGGCCGUCCUUACCCAAUUUCUUGGAACGCUUCAUGUACCUCUUCUCGCCUCCAAACAAUGAGAAUGGAAACCUUCACAUCUCACAGAUCGGUGGCUCCAGAUGCAUCUCCAUGUCUGUGGGCUCGGCUCCUUUGGAGUUCGACUUGGAGAACUUGGACACCUUCGGCAAGGUGCCUUGGGAUGACGAGCUGGUGGAAGGAGGGCCCUUGAUCUUCCACGCGGAGCCACACGUGGACAAGACCACAGGAGAGUGGGUCACCUGUGCCAUUCAGCUGCGCAUCAGCCCAGAGGACAUAAAUCAGAUCGGGGAGUUGCAACAGAGAUCACAACAUGCAAGCAAGGACCUCCACUGA